AUGGCACUCCCUUCUUCAACCACAUUAUCCUUAGAGACAGCAAUUAAAUUAAUCCCACAUUUCAAUGGAGAAAAUGUUCAGGAGGUGUACCCAUUUAUAAAUGCAUGCAAUUUUGUUAUGCAAAAUGUUGAAGAGACCAUACAGCCUGUGCUCUUACAGGUUAUAAUAACCAAAUUAGCGGGCAAAGCUUUCGCAAUAACCCAACAUAAGGAAAUUUCCACAUGGAAAAUACUUAGGGAAAAUUUAGAAGACACAUUCUGUGCUACACGCGCACCAGGAUAUCUUCAGUUAGAGCUCACUACGACUAAAUUCCAACAAGGAGAAACCGUAAGAAAGUAUGCAACCAAAGUAGAAAAACUAUUGCAUGAACUCUGCAAUGUAAGCACAAAGGAUAAAACGUCCAGUGACGCAAAAGCUAUACAUAACUACAUAAAAGAAACAACCUUAACUAUAUAUAUUGAAGGUUUACCAUCUUCUAUUCGAGGUGUAGUGAAAUCAAAGAAUCGCCCAACGUUAGAAGAAGCCAUAAAGUAUAGCUUAGAAGAAGAAAAAAUUUAUCAAUCAAAUAAGGGAACCCAACGUUUGUUGAAUAACAAACCAAAUUAUAGGUAUGACAGUAAAUAUUGUAAAAAUUGUCGGAAAUCAAACCAUAAUACAAAUGAGUGCAGAUAUGGAAAUCAUAAUGUUGAUACUGGACAACAAAAUAAACAAUCCAAAGGAUUCAAUAAUCAAAGAAAUCAGAAUACUAAACAAGUAUCAUGUAUUUAUUGCAAGAAAUUUGGUCAUACAAUAGAAAUAUGCUAUAAGAAGAAAAAUGCAGAUUCAAGAAAAGAAAGUCAAGGUAACCCAUCAACGUCGGGAAACGCCAAAGAAUCGGUCAAAAAGGGCAUUCGUCCGAUUCGCGAAUUGAAAAUAAUAGCCCAACACUAAAUGUUCUAACGUACAAAAUUAAAUUAAAAGAUAAUCAUGCUACAUAUAAAAUACCACAAUGUAUUAAAGGAAUAGCCAAUUUACUCAUAGAUACGGGAGCAGAUCUUAAUAUAAUUAAAAUUAAUGUACUUCAAGACGAUGUCAUGGUAUCUGAUAGUAAAAUUUAUAAAUUGCAAGGAAUUAGUGAUCAAUUAGUUAGUACAUUAGGAAGUACUACACUAAACGUAUCAAUAAACAAUAAAGUUUACGAAACAGAAUUCCAUGUAGUUAAUUCAAACUUUCCAAUAAACGGAGAUGGAAUAUUAGGAAACCCCUUCCUAAAAGAUAACCAGAUGUUAAUCGAUGUUGGUAAAGAAGAAUUAAUCUUUAAAGCAGAUAGUACAACUACUAUCCCAGCACGACAUGAAAUGAUUAUUCCAAUACAAUUCGAUGUUCAAGAUUUAUCUGAACAACUAAACAUACUCAUUCAUGCUCAAAAAUUAGGCAAAAACAUUUUAUGUGGAAAUAUAUUAAAUAUUGUAAAACACAAUCAAGUACUUAUAAAUGUUAUAAACCCAACAGAGGAAAAUCAAGUUAUACCUAUACCAAAACUUUCAGAUUUAUCGCAUGAGAUUUUUGAUAUAGUUUCAAUGGAUAACAUACAAACUAGUAAAGCAAAUGUAAAUACGGAAAAUCGUAUCCAACUCCUAAAAAACACGCUGAAAUAUGACCAUAUGAAUGCAGAAGAAAGGGAAGUGAUUCUAGAUUUAUGUAGUGAAUUUUCAAAUAUAUUCUAUUUAGAAGGAGACCAAAUGACGUGUACCAAUGCGAUGCAACACGAAAUUAAAAGUCCUGGAGUCACUCAGCCAAUUCAUCAAAAGCCAUAUAGACUUCCUUAUGCUCAAAAGAGAGAAAUAGCGAAGCAAGUUGGAGAAAUGCAACGAGAUGGUAUAAUUACAUCAAGCGAUAGCCCUUGGAAUGCACCAUUAUUAGUUGUACCCAAAAAAUCAGAUGUAUUUGGAGAAAAAAAAUAUCGAGUAGUUAUGGACUUCCGCAAACUAAACAGUAUUACUGUUGGAGAUGCUUUUCUAAUACCAAAUAUCACAGAGAUACUUGAUCAAUUAGGUAAAGAAAAAUAUUUUACUUGUCUAGAUAUGGCAAGUGGAUAUCACCAAAUACUUCUACAUCCAGAUGAUCGAGAAAAAACCGGUUUCAGUACGGACCAGGGCCAUUUUGAAUUUCAAAGAAUGUGUUUUGGACUGAAAGGAGCACCAGCUACAUUCCAAAGACUGAUGAAUCAAGUACUUACUGGUCUUAACGGUAUUAAUGCUUUUGUUUACUUAGAUGACGUCAUCGUAAUCGGGACAUCAUUAGAAGAUCAUAUAAAUCAAUUGAAAAACGUUUUUGGUAGGUUUCAAAAAUACAAUUUAAAACUACAACCAUCAAAAUGUGAAUUCUUGAGGAAAGAAGUUUGCUACUUGGGACACAUUAUCACAGAUAAAGGUGUCAAACCAGACCUAAAAAUCACAGAUUGUGUUGUAAAUUUUCCAACUCCAAAAACUGAAAAAGAUGUUAAGUCUUUUCUAGGCUUGGCAGGUUAUUACAGACGUUUUAUACCAAAUUUUAGUCAAAUUGCUAAACCUUUAACAACUUUGCUGAAAAAAGAUGCAGUUUCAUUUGGACAGAUUAAUGUCAAAAUGCAUUCUUAGAAUUAAAACAAUUACUAUCCCAACAACCAAUAUUGCAAUACCCAGAUUUCUCUCGUCCAUUUAUUGUUACAACGGAUGCCAGUAAUGUAGCCGUUGGCGCUAUCUUAUCACAGGGAAAAGUGGGAUCCGAUUUACCAAUUGCAUAUGUCUCACGUACGUUAAAUAAAGCUGAGAAAAACUAUAAUACAACAGAGAAGGAAUUACUAGCGAUAGUUUGGGCCGUUAAGCAGUUUCGUCCCUAUUUGUUUGGGCGUAGAUUCACAGUUGUCACAGACCAUAAACCGUUGACUUGGCUAUUUAAUGUCAAAGAUCCGGGGGCUCGAUUAAUGAGAUGGCGUCUACAACUGGGGGAACACGAUUAUGAGAUAACUUACAAGCCAGGAACAUCGAAUUCAAAUGCAGAUGCGUUAAGUCGCAUUACUCAAGUUAGUUCAACUCAUCAUACUUCAUGUAUGUACGAGAAAUACAUAGAUGAUAUACAAUCAAAGAUAAUAACAAACUCAAAUAUCAUAGAAGUGAAAGGAGAUUUAUUCCAAGCCACAGCAGAUUUUGCACUAGGGCACUGUGUGUCCAAAGAUUUUAAAAUGUCUAAAGGAAUAGGCCUGGAAUUUAGAAGAAAAUUCGGUCAAGUCGACCAGUUACUUGAACAAAAUAAGCAAGUUACUGAGAUAGCAACUAUACAAUGUGAUGAUCGUAAUAUUAUAUAUAUAAUCACUAAAGAAUCAUAUAAUCAAAAGCCAACUUACGAAACAAUAUUUUAUGCCAUACAAAAUUUACGGAAUUUCUGUAAAUCCAAUAACAUAAAUAAAGUAGCUCUUCCCAAAAUUGGUAGUGGCCACGAUCAGCUUAAUUGGGAACAAGCUCGUAUAAUGUUACGGUAUAUUUUCAAAAAAUCUAAAAUCAAAAUAGUCGUUUACAGUGGCGAGUCUUAUUCAGAAGAAGAGAAGCGUAAAAUUAUCGAGGAGUUCCAAUUGUCUCCAUUAGGAGGUCAUCAAGGAGUUUCUAGAACGAUUAAACGAAUUAAGUUACACCAUACGUGGAAAGGCCUAAAGAAGAAUGUCAUAGAAUUCAUAAAGAAAUGUACUUCAUGUCAAAUGAAUAAAAGUAGUAACCACACAACCCAACAACCCAUGGUAGUUACAUCUACUGCUAAUAAACCUUUUGAGAAAAUCUUUCUUGACAUUGUUGGACCACUUGAAACUUCGACUGAAGGAAAUUCAUACAUUCUCACAAUGCAAGACGAUUUAACAAAAUUGUCUGCAGCAGUCCCAUUAGUAAAUCAUACAGCUAACUCAAUAGUGAAAGCAUUUGUUGAACAUUUUGUCUGUCAACAUGGAAUACCGGAGUCAAUAGCCACGGACCAAGGACAAGAUUUUUUAAGUAAAGUAUUUACAGCAUGCUGUAAACUUCUUCAAAUAGAAAAAAUUAAAACGACAGCGUAUCAUCCGCAGUCCAGCGGAGCCUUAGAGAGGUCCCAUCGAACUCUAGCAGAGUAUCUGAGGCACUUUGUUAAGGAAAAUAAUAAGGAUUGGGAUCAAUAUGUUUCUUAUGCAAUGUUUGUAUACAACAGCACGGUUCACACGUCGACAGGAUUCCAGCCUUAUGAGUUAGUGUAUGGAUAUCCAGUCGAAGUACCUCAUUCAUUGCAGAAAUCUCCACAGCCAUGUUAUAAUUACGAGGAUUACAAUUUUGAAAUCAGAAAACGAUUUCAAGAAUCACACAGAAUAGCGCGUGAUAAACUAAUUGAAAAGAAACAAAAAUCAAAACUAACGUACAAUAAAAAGCAACAUGAAAUUAUAAUUAAUGUAGGAGAUAGAGUUCUUGUAAAAGAUAACAAACAAAAGGGAAAGCUACAAUCCAAAUGGAUGGGUCCCUAUUUAGUUACAACUCUUCAUGAUAACGAAACCGUAUCCAUACAACGUGGACGCAAAAAAGUAGUAAUACACAAGAACGAAUUGAAAAUGUUUAACGCAUAA